CACGCACCUCCGAGGCGCCUAGAACUCGCCCGUCGUCCCGGCACCAAUUUCCGGAAAGGACGACGACUAUUUCCAAUCCUACGCAUCUACACAUCGUCGCAUGGUUUGACGCGGCUCUACAGCCCGUCGCUCGCAUUUUCUGCGCUCUCCUUUGGACGCCAGCUUAUUUCAUUUGUCCAGUUCCUUUUUCCAUGUGCCGGAAAUGACUGCGCCGUUGCCAUGUCGCAAGCCACCAGCACGAAAUGUGCCUCGCGAUGGGUGACGCGCAUCAUCCCCAUCAUCAUCACUGGCACAAGCGGCUAUGCAACCUACGUGAUCGUGGCCUACCUAGGUGUCGACUACCUAUAUAGAACCAGGGGUGAGGUAGGCGCCGCAAUUUCGACAAUCACCAUCUACCUCUUCUUCUACCUCCUCACGAUCGCCGCCUACCUGCGAACAUUCCUCAAGAUCAAAACGGACCCAGGCUUGGUACCGCUCGGCCCGCAGGCUCAGCAUCCAUCUAGAGAGUCGAAUAAGAAGAGCAGGCGGAGAAAAGUGGGAGACUUGGAAAGCCAGCCAUACUUCACCGGCCCCGACCAGGACCCGGACAGCCCCGGCUUAGAGGGGUUCUACAGCAAGGACGUAUUCGUUUGCGAAAGUGACGGACGUCCUAAAUGGUGCUCCGAGUGCCGCAAUUGGAAACCUGAUCGGGCCCAUCACUCGAGUGAGGUUGGAAGAUGCGUGCGAAAGAUGGACCAUUAUUGCCCCUGGGUUGGCGGCAUGGUGUCAGAGACCUCCUUCAAGUUUUUUGCCCAAUUCACUUUCUAUUGCACCUUAUACUGCACGGUUGCACUGGGCCAGGCAGCCUACUGUCUGGCUUUACAGGUGCGCGAUGGGACCGUCGACGGGAGAACGAUCUCCGGCGUUGCCAUCGCCGGUUUUUUUGGACUCUUCACUUUUCUUAUGACCGCAACUUCUUGGCGGUUUAUUUUACUCAAUAUAACUAACAUUGAUGCCCUUCGCAAGUCAUGGGUCCAUCAGCUAGCAAUCAGGGUGCCCAACGGCACCCGUCCUGGAAAUAAUUACGGCACGAUCACCUAUCCUUUACCAAAGUACCCCCAAGGGAUACAUGCUUCCUCAGACGCCACUGUCGACAGCGAGACCCCUCGCGACCGACUGGCUACACGCACGUUUGCUAUUAUCAGGACUGAGUCAGACGAAAACCCGUGGGAUCUCGGGUAUGCCGGAAACUGGACGUCCAUUAUGGGACACUCCCUGAUCGACUGGCUUUUGCCUAUACGCGGGUCACCAUGCGCCAAUCACGAUAGCAUGGAAAGUGACUACGAAAUGGGCGCGUUGAUACAGACACUCAGAGAACGACAUGGUCUACCUGACCCCAACCAUUCAUCCGGCGGAGUGGAGAUGCGGGAGCUGAGAAACCGUGAUCGUUGA